GAAGAAAAAGAAAUAAGUACCGUACUUGCUUUUUCUUGGUGUCAAAUAUUAUUCCGAUAACAACAUUAUCACCAGAUGAGCUCCACCACCAUGGCCACUGGCGGUAGCAGCUCAGUUUUUCUCUCCAUCCAAACACCACAAUCCCAAAAAUUCCAAACUUUAUCACCUAGACAAUAUUCUUUGACUAACAAUAAGUGGUCUACAUUGCCCUUAAGUCAUAGGAGUUGUCUGUUAGAAUUUAAUUCUUAUCUUUGUUCUUCUUCCACUUCUUCAACUCCACUUGUUGAAGAAGAAGAAGAAAAUAAAGAAGUGAAAGAAAAUGGGCCUAAUGAUGAUGUUCUUACAGCUUCAAUAAACCAAGAAUCUACUUCAGUUUUACCUCCCGGCGCAUGUCAGGGCUGUGGGAGAGCGGAAAUUGAGAGUGGCUGUAAUGGCGAGGGACGGAUACAAGGAGGAAUUGCAACAGUUCCAGGUUUUGGUUGGUGGCCCAUAAAGGCUUACAGGCCUUGCCCUGCUUUUGUUGCUUCUGGUGGUAGGUACAAAAGGUUUGGACAAAGCAUGGAUGAAGUUGUCUCCGGGAGAGGAGGUAAAGUUAGUUCGGUCCGGACUGAAUCCGAGGUUCAAUCAAGUAAGAAAAAGAACGGAUCGAAGAAAUCGAAGAGCUAAUUGUUGGAAGGUACUUUAGUCUGCUUCAAGCCAAUUUUCUUUCAAGAGAUUGAAGGAUGUUGAUAUUGUGUAUUCAGCUACUAACUUGGCAGUUUUUCUGGCUCUCUUUAGUCUUCAUGUGGAAUGGUAAACUUGAAUGAUAUGGUGUGUAUUUAUAUAGUUCCGAAACGUUAAUUGUAUCAACAAUUGUAAUCAAGAUGAACCAUAUUGUUUUAAUUUCAUCUAUACUAGUUUGCAACAAGGAAAAUUAUUGGUCUA